AUGUCCUGGCCGGCGCUCGGUAAUGAUCAAGGUGCUCAGCUAAAUGAAUGGCUCAACAAUGUUCCUACUCUGCCAGCGAUUCAGCUGCAAUCGGCAAAGAUUACAUCCUGCGAGGACGCGGCCAAUCAUACAAUUUGCCCAGUGCCAAUUGCCUCAGGUUCACAACAGACACAUCUAGCUUCCACUCGGGAACAUGCAUCUCCGCCAUGGGAGUACUUUGACUUCCCUGGGGCCCCAAUAUCGGCCUUAGAGCCAGUUGAGGAGGCUAUCUGCAUCGAGCCCUUGAAUCAGCUGACUAUGGAUUCUUUGAUGGCACAGGCAUUCAGCAAUCCAGUCACAGAGGAAAAUGUGUCAAGCACGACGACACUCUGUUCAUGGGCUUUUUCGCUCAUUCUCAAGAGUAACCCAAAAGGGUACACUGCUAAAGACUUGGAUUUUAGACUUCGCGUAAGAUAUAGACACGGUGCCACGCCAACUGAAGGCUGUCGUAUCGAGAACAAAGUCUUGCUGAAUGUCCUUGCGGAUAUUAUGUAA